GUAUCACAACUGUCCUGACAAUGACCACCCUCAGCACGAUCGCUCGCAAAUCCCUCCCCAAGGUCUCUUAUGUGACAGCAAUGGAUCUUUUUGUAUCAGUUUGCUUUAUUUUUGUUUUUUCUGCCCUGGUGGAGUACGGGACUCUUCACUAUUUUGUCAGUAACAGAAAACCAAGCAAGGAUAAAGACAAAAAGAAGAAAAACCCUGUAUGUAUUUUUAUUACUACACCAACUGAUAACCCAUAUUUUAAUUAUGUUUCCCAGAAAUGAGCAUUUUGUUGUCCUGUAGCUGUAUUAGAAGUGGAAACCAUAGAAGGUUUGCUUGAUGACCAGGGAAGGGAAAGGAAGGAAAUGGCUGAUCAGGUUCACAUGAUCCUUUUUUAUAUCGGGGUUGACUUUGAUAGCCAGAUUCCAGAAGAGUAUCAAAUAUAUCAAGACAAAAUCUGACAAAUAGCUAUACAUUGGUCCACUUCAAAUCUCACAGUUAAAGGAAACUUAACUGUUAGUGACAAGAGAAUCGACCACUUUUAUUUGGUCCAUUUUCUGCUCAUAUGCAUAUCUUCUAUUGUGUUUAAUUGCUGUAACCACGGGAACAAACUAAAUCCUAGGUACACUUUGUGGGAGCAAGCUGCAUUGAAUUCCAGCACAGGAUUGGGCUGCAUGUAACAUUUAAAAUUAAUCUGCCUGGAAUUAUGGUCCCUCUCUUUUGGAGCAUGUAUUUUCAACAACUAGCUCAUUUGGUGAUGGCUUGUGAACUCUGAGGCUGUGGUCAAACUGCUUUGAAGCCCAGUCACAGAGAAUAGUUCUGAUUGAUUGAAAAUAACAGGGCAAAUCAAGACUGUAAAUGUGUGUUCCACAUCUUUUGGAAUUGUGUCUACAGAUACAUGGGUGGUGGUGGUUAGAAGGCAGGCCUGUAACGUGGGUCAUCUGAGGAAUGUGACCCACUGCCUUUAUGGGUGUCCUUGGACUCCUUGCUAAUAUUGAAAGAUGGCAGCAGGGAAGUUACCUCAAGAUGAUCUACCUGUACCCAUACCUCACUGAUCCUAUAAUCCUGUUGAAUCUUAGAAGCAUUGUAUUAAGGACAGAAGGAAGGUCGAGAGUAUGGACAUUACUAAUCUGAAUUUCAAAAUAUGAAUUUCUUCUUGUAUCUCUUCCCCCCGCCACUUUAUUCCCAUCUCUUUUCUUUUUACUGCCUGCAUUUUCUCCCUUCUCUCUUUUCUACCACUUACUAUUAUAAGUUAUUUAUUUUAUAGGGUGUUCUAUUAGCACAGUGCUGUCCCUCCUCCCUUUUGAUGCUGUUGUCUUAAUUUGUGUAAUCUGCAUUGAAAUCAUUGCUAAAAGGCAAUAUAGAAAUCUCUUAAACAAAUAGUUUAAGAACCAAGAGAUACUUCUACAAUCUGCAAUCCUUGUUCACCAUAUUGUGAACUAGGAAGGUAAAAGGGUAGAAAUUAAUGCCUAUAGGCCUUGAGGACGAACAUUAUCUACUCAAGACUAGUGGGUCUUUCCCCUUAGUUAGAGGAGCAGAAAAGAAAAUGGUAGUAUUUGACUGUCUUACUCACAGUAUGUUUGCCUAUCCAUGGAAAUAACUCAGAACAAACCACAGAACCCUGAACUGUCAAUCUAUUUUAAAUUGGAUUUCCAAGUUUUGUUAACUCAGAUCCUUCUUUACAUGUUAAUCGCUUUUAAAGUUCUUAUAGAAAAUUCUAUCUUAAAUCCUUUUUCUAUUUCUAUUUCUUUUGACUUGCUAUAGUUUAGAAAAGUAACUUUAAUUUAUGCUACUUUUUGUCUCCUUUCCCCCCCUCUACCUUUCUUUAAUUUAAAACCUCUGAUUCUUUCUUUUUCUGUCUACAAAACCAAAGCUUCUUCGGAUGUUUUCAUUCAAGGUAUAAUAUUUUUGGUAUAGAAAUCCACUGCAUGUGACUGCUGAAUUGAACAACUAUAGCUUCAAUAAAGGCUUGUUAGAUAUUUAUGCAUUCUACUUGAAGCAACCUUGCAGUGAAGUAGAAUGGCUAAUAUGUAGAUAUUAACAUGAAGUUGAUUCAGCAGCCCAAACACUAAUUCACUACUGUUUUGAACUUAUGAUAAGUUCAAUGGAUUUUAACAUGUUUGGAUCGCAUGCAUGAAGAGAGCCUAGUAGUAUAUCCAAAGCAUUCGUGCUGCUCUCUUUUUUAGUUAUUCAUGGGAUCCAAUCCACUAGCUACACCAAGAAUCCACAAAAACCCUUUUAGAACUCAGUUCUGACUCUUAAUGAUCUCAUUUAAAGAUAUGCAAGCUUCAAAUCUCUCAAAGAUCUGCAAUGAACAAUCAGAUGCCAUUGGAAUGGUGCCAAUAUUGUUCUUACACAAACUCUCAGAGUUUUGAAAGGGUAUAAAUUGCUUACAUUCGAUGCUGUCCCCAGCUCUUCAGAUCAUUUGCUAUCCAAAAUGGCAAAUACAGGUAGCUGUAUAACAACUUCAAACAUCCCUCAUUCUGAAAUGCAGAUAUUUAGUUCUUCUGGGUGAUUUUUUUUUCAAAAAAAAAAAAAAAAGGCAGGUGGGAGCCAAAAUCAGAGCUUUAUUAAAAUUAUAAUUUUACUUUGUUUCAAACAAUUUUCUGACUCCAGCCUUAAUUUUAACAAUUCACUCUUUUUGAUCAUUUGUGUGCCAGCUGCUGUUUUUUGUGCAGUAUGUUCACCAAAGGAUCAAAAGAGUUUGUCAGUAAAACAUGAUUCAAGUGAUUCUACAUGUACAGCUGCUGUAUACUGUGUUGACAUUAUGAAGCUUUUAGUCAAUGGACCAUUAUUAAUCAAGAGCUGCAUGUUGUCAGGAGUGCUUCAUAGCAGAGAUCAUUAUAGAGCCCCACCUAACCUAUAUUCAAAUAAUUCUUAUGUGGCAUCCUCUUCCCCUUAACCAAUUUAAGUUACCUAGCCAUGCAGGAACAUAAAGCAUUAUUUUUCAAGAAUUCUGCAUUUAAAUUAUCUCUCCCCCCCCCCAAUUUAAUAGUGAUCUGGGGCGGGGGAUAGAAAAUUGUGAUUGCCUUCUUAUAUGAAGCAGUCACUUAAACAAAUCUCAGCACUUUUUAUUCUGCAUUCCUAUUUGGAAUUAAACCCUACCAAACCGAUGCUGUUAAGUAAAAUGGGAAUUUAAAGACGAAGUGUUGAAUUGUUGCUUUGAGAAAGUUCCAGAUUAAAGGUUCAUCAUUGUAACAUAUCUAAGCAUCAUGGCUCCCUCAUUCUGACAUUAUGUAGAGCAACCGAUUUUGAUGGAUCAAAUGUUAGUUGAAACAGAACACUGUAGCAACGAGCAAAUCACUCAUUCUCCCCUCUGCCCCUUCUUGCUGCUCGUUUGUCCUAGGCACCUACAAUCGAUAUCCGCCCCAGGUCAGCUACCAUCCAAAUGAACAAUGCCACACACCUCCAAGAACGGGACGAAGAAUAUGGAUAUGAAUGUCUCGAUGGCAAGGACUGCGCAAGUUUCUUCUGCUGCUUUGAGGAUUGCCGAACGGGAGCCUGGCGGCAUGGAAGGAUACACAUCCGCAUUGCCAAAAUGGACUCAUACGCCCGUAUAUUUUUCCCAACUGCAUUCUGUUUGUUUAAUCUGGUCUACUGGGUGUCCUACCUUUACCUUUAA